GAUUUGUUGUUCUAACUUCAAAUCUCAAACUGUCAGAACUUCAAAAUCACAACUUCCAAUUUUUUUCUGUAAUGGAGCCUAGGCUUGUUUUGUCCAGUAUUCAUGAACUCCCUCCACAUCUACUUCGGUAUCUCGAUGAAAACUUUAAGACCCAAGAAGAUCUUAAGAGGGCUCCUACUCUGGCAAUGGAAUUGAAGAAAAGCUGCAUAAAUUUGGACAGGAAUCUCACGAACCUGCAGAAGAAUCUCUCUUCGAUUGCUGCUUCAUGGAUUUCUCGUCCAAAUAGCGCCACAAUUGCCCUUCACCAGCUCAAUAUCAAGCUUCAAAACUUUCGCCUCCAAACAUCUCAAGAUGGAGCGGGGAUGGUGGGUUUAGAGAAAAUACGGAAAAUAUUAUGCGAGGAGUUGCCAUUGCUUGCAAAGGAAGUGCGUCGAAUUGAGACAGUUCGCUUUUAUGCUGAGACCACCCUACAGUUAGAAGCUCUGGUCGGAGAUCUUGAAGAUGCAGUUUUCUCUAUCAUGAAUAGAAACACAUGGGACAUCUUUCAGGCAAAUCUAUCACAUGCAUCAAGUCCAACUGCUUUUGGACAAAAGAAAGAAAAACUACUUCUCGCUGUAAAAGCCAUGAAUAAUAUUGAGGAUAUAUUGGUAAGUAUUUCUAGACGUCAGCCUCAAUGGGGUCGUCUUCUGAAUUCUGUUGAUGGUAGAGUAGAUAAAGCUCUUGCUGUUCUCAGGCCUCAAGCUCUCACAGAUCACAAAAUUCUCCUUUCUUCUAUUGGUUGGCCACCACCCCUUCUGACUUCCGAACAAGGAAGUGAAAAUAGUUCAGGCCUCCCAAACCCACUGGUUCUGAUGCAAGGAGACAAAAAGGACAGAUAUUGUGAAAGUUUUCUAGCUGUUUGUGCUUUGCAGCAUAUACAUACCAAGAGAGAAAAACGAAAAAUGAAUAUUGUAGAGCAAAAGGUGGAUAAUAGUUUAGAUCUUUGGACUAUAGAAGCUUUGGUUUCACCUAUUGCCUCCAGGGCUGAACACCAUUUUUCAAAAUGGUUGGAACAACCCAAGUUUAUGUUUGCUCUCGUGUAUAGACAUACGCGGGAUUUUGUUCAAGGAGUGGAAGAUGUUUUGCAGCCUUUGAUUGACAAAGCAAGGUUGGUGGGCUAUAGCGCCAAGGAAGCUUGGGUGUCAGCAAUGGUUAAGAUGCUUGCAGGGUACCUUUCAACGAGAAAAUUUUCUGUCCUUGCUGAAAGAUACAAAGAUAAAGAUAACAAGCGGGAGGUGACUUCUUCAUGGCUUCAUCUUGUGGACCUUCUCAUUGCUUUUGAUAAAAGGAUGCUAUCACUUGCAAGUUUGGGAACUCCACACUUUCAAGAGAACUUGAGAGUAUCAAUGUUGUCGAUAUUUUGUGAUCGACCUGACUGGCUCAGAAUUUGGGCCAAGAUAGAACUCAAAGAUGCCUGGAAAAAACUGAAGGUGGAUUUGAAAGAUGAGAGAGCUUGGAUGAUUGAUUCAAAAGCAAAGUACGAGUUUCAUACUACCCAAGAACCUGAACCAUUUAUGCUCUCUACCAGGCAAGACCAUAAAGCCCCAUUAAUUGCAGAAGCAGCUGUUAAAAUAACGUGGGCAAUGAUCGAACGUUCCCAAUCUCUACCAAACAUCCUGAUCCGAAUACAAUUUAUUAGAUUAUCAGCAGACAGUUUUUUGUGGCAGUUCCUUAAUUUGUUGUUUCAGCACUGCAAGGGGGCACAAUUAAGAUCCGGAUAUAUAGAAAAUGAAACAUUAGUGAGUGUAUCUGCAUCUAUUAAUGCUGCUAGGUAUUGUGAAUCUGUUCUGCGGGAAUGGAGUGCAGAUGUGGACUUCUUGGAGAUGAGUAUUGCUGAGGGUGAUUCACAUAUCCAGGCAGAUGGUCUAGAUGAUCAAAGUUGCUUCUUUGUAGAACAAAUAAAAAGCUUUAUUGAGCUGGAGACUGACUGGCUAAUGGAAAUAAUCGCGUAUCUUCUCCAACAAUUCAACACUCUUGCCUGGGAAUAUGUCCAAAACAAGCAAAAGUGGGGGCAAGAGCAAGAGUUCAUUGGCACAAAAAACGUAAUGGGGACUGGGGUAUUGACUGUAUCUGUUGAUUUUGCUGAAGCACUGGAUUCUCUGAGAAGUCAGCUUGGUAUUUUGAGGGAGGUUCUUAACUCAAAGGACUUCUUGGAUCUAUGGAGAAGUGUUACAGAUGGAAUUGACCAUUUUAUAUUCCACAGCAUCAUCAUGAGUAAUGCAAGAUUCACUGUUCAAGGAGCUGGUCAGUUCGCAACUGAUAUGCAGGCAUUGUUCCUUGUUUUCAGGCCUUUCUGUGUCCGGCCUGAAGCGUUUUUACCCUGUAUCAGGGAUUCUAUGAAGCUGUUAGAGAUGGAUGAACAACAAGUGAAUCAGUUGAGAGUUUUAUUGAAUGAUGCAGAAGGAAAUGAAUCCAUGCGUUUCCAUGGAAUUGCACACAUAUCUUGCAGUCUAGCUGAGAAGAUUUUGAGGAGUAGGAAUUUUGCAGGGUGAUCGGUUUUAAUAGUUUAAAUUAUUGUAGCUGCGCUUCAUUGUACAUAUUUAGACCUUAAAUUAAGGAUCAAAACUUGGUACAGGAGAUGGAAUUGGGCUGGCAUGGAUCAUGAUCUUGAGGGGCAGAUCCAACCUUAUCCUGC